AUGUCUAAUUUUACAUAAUCAUUUCAUGGAGCUUCCUCUUUUGGGAUUGGUUAGAGAUUGAACAUUUUUACAUAAAAAUAAUCAAGUCCUAGUCCUCAUCAAUAUACAAUUCAAUCAACUUUAUCUUCAAGUGCUUCCAAAUUUGGAAAGUCUUUACGAACAUAACUGAUCAAUGAUACGCCUUCCGUUGGAAAAUAUGAAUUGGAAUAAGAGAAUGUAUCUACAUCGUUUAAUGUAUUAUAGAAUCGAAAAUUAAAAAUAACAAUCAAAGGCAAAAGAAAACAAGAGAAGGUGUCCUCCAUCGUUGGACCUGGCAGCUAUACAAUCGAACCUCCGAAAUCAAACAAAAAAUAUGGUUUCGGAGAUAGAUUUUUGAUGACUUAUGAAACUGAAGUACCUGGACCUAAUCAAUAUCAUUUGAGUAGCAAUGGCCUGAAAUCCAGCAUUAAUAAAAAGAAUGGUUUUAUGUUAAGUUCCAGCAAACAAGAUAGCAUCUAUCCUCGAUCAUUAACUCCUGCGCCUGGCCAAUAUGAUAGUUAAUUUACUCAAUACAGCACAAAUCAAACCUUCUCUAAAGCCCCAAGAGAACCUUAAUAUUUGGAUACCCCAGGUCCUGGAAGCUAUCAUUAUGAAUAAAAGGAAGCCAAAGGAUUUUCAUUCUUAGCUAAGUAUAAACCCCAUGAUCCAUCCAAUUAUCCUGGGCCAGGCACUUAUGAUGUCUAAGACAAAUUGAAAGGCAGUGGGACAAUCAAAUUCAAUUCUAUAUUGAGAUAAACCAUCUUUGGCUAAAUCAGAGAGGAAAGUCCUGGGCCUGGAACUUAUAACUAUGAUUCUCUAACUCAAAAGAGCAAAGGUACCAAAUUUAAAAAAUCUCCUAAAUUAUAUGAUUACUCCAAUAAAAUUCCAGGUCCUGGGGCUUAUGAGAGUAAAAUCUCAACUUUACAAACUUAGGGGGGAGUCAUGGGUAAACUGUAUAGAUCAAAAAGGAUCUGUACAACUCCUGGACCUGGAUAAUAUGAUUUAGAUUAAUCAUUCGAUGAUAAACUACUCAAAAUAAAUAGAUGGAGUAAAUCUAAGAGAUUUCAAGAUGAAAGAAAUGACUACAUUGGUCCUGGAAAAUACGAAAUAGAUCGUUCUUUGAUGAAAACAGGGGUUUCAUUUACUAAAUAAAAACAUAAUAGAGAUAAAAUUUAAAAACAACUUUUUGAAUCUCCUGGUCCUGGACAUUAUCUAAUCGAUUCUGAAUUAGGAUAUAUACCUGAAUACUUAAUCAAAUAAAAAUGA